UUCUCACGUUAACAAUUACUAUUUCGUAAAAUACGAAAAAAGAAACGACUGACUAUCAUCUAAAUUGUCUCAUAAUCAGCGGACAGGAAAAAGAUCUUUUGUUGAAAAGGUAAGAAAUUAUUUUUCUUAUAUAGCAAUUGAAUCGAUUCCUUGAUAGGCAUUUCCAACCUUUACCUAAGACGAUUUUUCCGGCUUUGCACUAAUGAAGUGUUUCUCAUAACCAUAUGCAGUUUGGAUUAUUCCCGAGAUGGGAGAAUUUAAUCCACUCUGUUUCACAGUCCAGGUCUUUCGGAUAACACCACUGCUUUCUACUUGGAAAUUAUCGUCUUUAGCUUCCAAUAGCUAACGUGUUUAUGAGGGAAAUAUCAAUUCAUUGUCUUUCUGGUGAUUGCAUUACUUAUUUACAAAGUUGGUGAUUAUUCGGUCGCCACAAAGAACAGAAGUCAGGAAACAAAUGCUUUAGGCCUAUCAGUUUGAAAGUUAACAUGCAUGUAAAACUGUUCUAUAUCAAUAAAAUGUGUAAUAUUUGGUAAGAAUAGUAAAAGCUGAAAUGAUGACAAUGAAGGGGGAAACGCUUAUUGUUGGUGCAUUACUAAUAAAGGCUAAAGCCGGAAGCAAAAGUUGAGCGCUAUCGGAUUCAAAUGUUUUGGCCGAGACUUUUUUAAGCUUAUGGGGGCUUUUUUCAUUUAUUGUUUCGAACUCCGAUUAAUAAUCGUUUUCCUAUCUGUUUCAUAAUAAAAAUAAAUAUAUCUUUUCAUAGUACUACUCUCUUUAUGACAGGUUCUUUGAGUUCUUAAACAGGUAUUAGACUUAAAACUUGCCAAGUGGAAAAUCACCUGAAACACGUUUCUUGUAAGAUUGUAUGGAAAUAUGGACAUCAAUCAAGUUGAGAGCGUAAUGUUUUUGUCAAAUAGUAAGGUGGCUGAGAAAAAUCUUGUCUGAAUUUUGGCUCUUUUCUGGCUGAUGCGAGAGAACGCUGGCGUUAGGAAAAAAGACGGAACUUAAUAUUCAAAUCCGUACUGCACUGCCAUGGCAACAAUGCGGAGGACACCUCAUCUGUACUUAUAGACAAAGUCUUUCUUUGAUAAAACUAGUUUUUCAGUGUUCUUUCGUCAUUGAAUAUAGUCCUUUUAUGAGAACUAUUGCAUGAGGUAUGUAAAUACCUCGCAGGUAAUUUAUAGCCAAGUUUAAAGCACAAACAUUUUGUUUGAUGUGAAGACGAAACAAUGGUUAUCAUGUUUCCCCAAUAGCACUUAAUAUGAUAAAUGUCAUCGCAUCGUUUAAAGCAAAGUUUGUUCUGUCGCUCUUUGUAAUAAUCGUCGCAUUUUGCAAUGACACUUGUCGCAAUUUGUAAUAACACUUAUUGCAAUUUGUAAAAGUAAUAGUGUCGCACUAUGUAAUAAAAAACCUGUCGCACUUUUUCAAUUAAAGACUAUCAGGCGCUCGCUGUAAUCAGAUAAGCUGUUUCACUUGGUAAUAAAUAUAUUACAGAUGGUGAAAUAAUUAUUUUAGUCAUUACAAUUACGAUGAAUUUGAGACUUUUUUUUUCUUUUUUAGAUAUUAGCUCAGCAUAGACAUUUUUUACCAUAAUUAUUACUAUUGCGAGCUUUUUAGAAAUUUUAAUCUUAGCUGUUUAUUGUAACUUAAUGUAAAGCGCUUUUGAAUAUUUUAUAGUCUUAGCGCUAUACAAAUUAUUUUAAUAAUAACAAUAAUUAUAAUUUAACUUAUAAUAGGGAUAAUAAUGAUAGUUGUAUUAAUAAUGAAACUGAUACUGCCAAUGGGAAUGAUGAUAGAAAUAGUGAUAGUAAUAGUGAUGGCAAUGUUGAUAAUGACGAGAGUGAAAAUGAUAAUUAUGAUAUUAAUAAUAAUAACAAUAACAAAAACGAUGAUGCAUCCUAUCCGUAAUGUAAGGUUCCACGUAAUUUUAAGGUGUUAUUACAUGUACUCUUACGUUUUUCGUUGCUCGUGUUGCCAUGAUAUCUUGCUUGUUUUUGUGUGCAGUGAACUCUCGUUCAUAGGGCACUGUGACCAUGUAAACUAAGUUUAUUACUUAUAGCGACACCUUUUUUUUUUACUACAUAGUUCGAUAAGUCUUACACAGCAGGAAGAUUAUUACAAAACGUGACAGACUAAGUUAUUUUUCUUUCCUAUUUCAGGAAGAUGUUACGUACUCUCAGUUGUGUUAAGGAGUUUAUUUUUUUAUCAACGUGGUUGGCAGUCGCAAAAGGAGGUAAGCGGUAAUUUUUUUACGGACCUGCAUGAGGCCAGGCUCAAUCGUACCCCUAAAUUUACCACGAACCAAAGUUCUCAAAGCUGUAAUAGUUUUGGCCAACGUUAGAAAUAGAAGAUUUCCUGGCCUUCAGCCCGGCCCAACAGUUUAAAUGUCGAUUUUAAUAUUUUUUUUUCUAUAUUUCUACUGGUUAAUUAAAUUAUAGGAACAAAAAUUCCCUUUGGGGAUGGGACUUGUUUAUCAAUAAUGACCACUUGAUAUGUUCAAAAUUUUUUGCAACGGCCACGCGUGGCUGCAAAUACAAAAAUGUGGCCUACAAACAGUUUAAUUAACUCAGGCUUCCAUCUCAGUAGCAGCUGAUGAGUAGGUUCUCAUAAGUCCACCAUUUGUGCUAUACGCGCUGCACUGAUUUAACGACGACAUAUAUGCUGUAUUCAGAACUUGAAGUACAAAGUCAGUGAAAUUUCCGAUAUUUUUUCUUGAAACGUUUUAGCUGCCAUCAACUUGGCGGAUGGAAAUUUCAACAUCUCAGGUAAAGGAAUUAAUGGUGAAGGCACCUUCUCAAUAGCCAAUGGCACGUCAGAAAUCAACCUUCACAUGGUCGUAGGAGAAAUGGCUCAAAAACAAGAAGUUGUCAUAGCAGCAGACAAACCAAACCCAGUAAAUUCACUCAAAACAACUCAGAGUGAUCACACAGAGACAGAGCUCACAUUUACAAAAGAAGGUAGUUGGGGUCUAUUAAUAGCUAUUUUUGAAUAAUCGCUACAAAGUUGCAAAAGCUGCCAUUUCGUAAUGAGUUUUUGUAUAUGUGUAAGAGCAAUAAGACACAAAGCAAUGCCCGCUCUGCAUAUAGAUAUGUAUAGUUAUUGCCUCGGCAUUUCUUAAUUUCUUUUUGCCAGGAAGGAUAUAUAUAUAAUUGCAUAAAAAAUGCGUUCUUGGUACAAAGUUAAGGUCAAGUGACUGUUAAACUCUGGAUUCAAAAUGGUGGAUGUUACUUGUCAACUGAAAAAUUUAAUCAAACAAGUAAUCCUUUAGAUCGAGCCAGGGCUAGAUCAUUCUGUUUCGCACUCAGGCAAGGGACUUAAUUCUGUGAAAACUGGGUAACAUGCUUAAAGGUCAACUGCAAGGGAUUAAAAUUAUGCCAAAGACCACGUGAGUAGUUUUAGAAGUGUUCCUAGUGCCUUUAUGCCAGGCUAGUGUGGUUAAGGACACCUGGCUCAUACGUAAGUGAAAUAUUUCAUGAAAAAAAAAUGAGAAAACUUAAUAGGGAUUUGAAUUCUUUCAGAUGAAGAGUUUCUGGACGAAAUGGCAGAGGAACAUAACAAGCUCCGUUCAGUUCAUCUAGCUCCUCCACUGAUGAAGAACAGAAACAUGUCACUUCAAGCUAAGGCUCUCGCGAUUCAACUUGCAGCGGAAGCAAACCUACGUCAUUCAGAUAAAGCUAGUCGUCCAGACCAAGGGGAAAACUUAGCCAUGGGAUGCACUUCCUCUGGCCCAGGGAUCACAGCUAAAGAUGCAGCGAAGGAAUGGUGAGAGCCACUACAUACUUAGACGUUUUUUCCUUUUGCAAUUUAACUCAGCUCAAGAAAAUAACUAUACAAAGAAAGCAAACCUAAGUGAGACUGAUCCAAAUAUUAAAGAGUGUUGAUCUCCCUAAAGUGUAUUAAUCUCCCAGCGUUGAUCCAGCCACAAACAGAAUACCAGCCAAUUACAUGUCAUUGGACAUCUCUUAAAAAUCAAAGGGAGGACUACCUAUAAAGAACUAAUUACACUCCUGGUCGAGCUUCCUUAAGAAAUAACGUAUCUUUUUGGGCCACAAAUUUCCUUAUGACAAGAUGAGGUCGCCUUAAGCUGUAUUCCUCAUUCAUUAUCUCUUCUUAUUCUCUUCUUCCUGUCUAUCAGGUAUGAUGAGGUAUGUAGUCACAAUUUCUACAAUCAGGCUUACCAGGACAAGUCUGGUCAUUUCUCACAGCUUGUGUGGAAUGCUACAAAAGAAUUAGGCGUUGGCAAAGCCACGGGGACCAAAUUUGGCAUGAACUGCACCUUUAUAGUUGCCCGCUACAGACCUCUUGGCAACAUCGGGUCAGAGUUUGCCAACGAUGUGAGCAAAGGACACUUUGAUUCAUCUUAUUGCAGCAAUGUUCAGCGUGAUGUGUUACCUCAUCAUGGAGAGAAGUCCACCCUCGCUUCCAGAAAGAACAGAUACAGGACCAAAAUACCGCGUUUUCCAAAAAUUAUAAUUUUGUAAACAUUGACUGAGACGUUUCUUGAUGAAAAUUACCGAGAAAUGAUUUCAGCUUGGAUGUCUUUGAAAAUAAAGAUUUGUAACAGAAGUGAAAGUAGUCGCUCACCCAAAGCAGUUUGGACGCUUUGAGAUUGUCGAAUGUCUUAAUUUGAUUGUUUGUAUCCCUUUAUUAGUCAAUUCUUCAAACGUGUUUUUGUUCGAA